AUGUCGCAUCAUCAAUAUAAUGAUGAAAUUGCACCGGAUGUUGUUCCGUCUCCUACUCCACAACAAAUUUCAAUUUCAUUAUCUUCACCUUCACCUUCAACAAUAUUACCUGAAAAUAAUAUAAAUACUAAUCAACAACUGUUCUUUCAAAAUGAUAAUAAUAAUAAUAAUAAUAAUAAUAAUAAUAAUAAUAAUAAUAACAAAUCAACUCCAAUACUAGAUACUGUAAUUGCUUUAUAUGAUUAUGCAGGGCCAAAUUCAUCGAAUUUAUCAUUAAAUUUAGGAGAUACAAUCUAUGUUAUUACUAAAUCCUCAACAGGUUGGUGGGAUGGUGUUUCAAUAGGAAAUCAUGGUGAAUUACAAAGAGGAUGGUUUCCUUAUAAUUAUGUUAGAUCAGUUAAUUAUGUUCAACCAGUACUUAAUAAAUUGAAAGAUAAUAAAGAAUUAGACUUAAUAACUGCAGCUAAUACUGCAGCUAAUGUUUUAAUACCUUCAUUUACCAGUCUACUACAAAAAAAUUUACAAGAAUCAGAUAGAAAUAGUCCUAAUAAUACAACAAGGAAAAAUUCAGUUGUUAGUUUUGCUAGUUCAGAAGCUAGUAAUCCAUCCGAUUCAAAAUAUAAUAACAACAAUCCUGGUAAUACUUCAAAUAUUCAAUUGCCACAAAAAAAAUUAUCACAUUCCUCCUCAAAUCAAGUUUCACCAGUUUCUCAACCUUCACUGUCACCUUUUAUAGAUCUGCAUAACACGCCUCAGCAACAUUCUAUUACUAAUACUAAUGGUGAAAAUGAAGAAAUUGAAAUUAUUGACGUUUUAGAAGCUGAACAAUUAAUUGAAGAUUAUAGAUCUAAAUAUAAUGAAACUUUAGUUUGGCUUCCAAAGCAUACAACAAAAGGUGAUUUUGUAUUUUAUUGUCAACAAUUGGAUAUUUACUGUGAAUCAGUUCCAUUAAUAUUUUUUCAAUCAGAUUCCUUAUCACCAAAUCUUAGAUAUCCCGAUAGUGAAACUAUUCAAGCUACAUCUGCAGUGCAAAUUCAAGGACAUCAAAAUAUCGAUAACACUUUAGAGAAUCAAAAUUUUAGUGGACCUUUUGAUUCGUUUAAGCGUGAUUCUCAUACUUCAGUCACAACUCAAAGUAGUGGCUCAUCAUAUCAUCAAUUCAGUAGACCUUUUUUUGCCAUGGACAAUUUAUUUUAUAAACAUUCAUUAGAUGUAACAUAUUGGACUCAACUCAAAGAGGAUUUUCGUUAUAUUUUAGAUUUGAUAAUAAAAUCAUUGAAAGAGCAAAAUGUUCAGUUUUUCAGCACUCAUUUUUCAAGAUUAAAUAAACUAGUUUUAAUACUAUUAGGAGCAUUGAGAUUAAAUAGAGAUGAUUAUAUUGAUACAAAACAUAGAAAGCCUUUAAGAAAGAAAUUCAAGAUGAUUUGUACGUCAUUUUCACAGAUUUAUAUGAAUAGUAUUUUACAUUUGAAUGUCUUACAUUUCUCAGAUGAAUUGUCAAGGAAAAAUGCUACAUUGGAGAAAUCAAAUAGAAAUUAUACUAUACCAUUUAGUGAAUUGAGAUCUGGGCAAGCUGAAGAUAUAGAUAUUGAUAAAUAUGAAAUAAUUAAGUCUAAAACCUACAUCGAUUACUUAAUUCAAGAGGUUGAUAGCCUAAGGUCAAGUACAGAUUUUGUAAUUGAUACAUUUUAUAAACUAAGCGAAGGUAAGAAAAUAAAGAAGGCUGAUUAUGAUUCUUCUGAUGCUUCUGAAGAUGAAGGCGAGGAUCGUUUUGAUAUUGUUCCUCAAGCAUUUCCUAGAUUUUUAGCAAAUGAAUUUAAUGGUGGUAAUUGGUGUAAUCCAUUCUUUUCAGCUGACAAUCCUGUUUUGAAUCUAAGUGGUGAUGAUUUAAAAAAUCGAUAUCAUACAAAGAUAAUUAUAGACCAUCAAGCAUAUGAAUCAUUGUAUCAAUACCUGGUGGAAAUGAUUAAUGUAAGUCAAGAUACCUUGGAAUAUUUAGAUUCUCAAGUUCAGGAAACAUAUUAUUAUAAUGAAAAUCUAAAGAAUGAGAGAAACAGUCAAAUUUUGAGAUUAGUUUACAGGUAUCUUUAUCAUGCAAGUUCAAUGAUUGAUCUUAUUGAAUCUCUUGACUUUACUGUAUUUUGUUUAAUUAAGAAAUAUACCGGUCCAAAUGAUGAAAUUGUCGAUCCAAGCAAUAUGCUUAAUUCCACCUCAUCAACUUCAGACAGAAUUGGUCAACAUACGAGCAAUCUAACAUUUGACUAUCCUGUUGUUCUACAGUUUUUCCAAUUGAAACAAGAAUUUCAUAAUCUAAUUUUAAAAAUUAUAAUGUCGACUCAAUCAUUAACUUUAGAAGAUCCUCAAGUAUUCAAAGGUUUGAAAGAUGAAGAUCCUUUGUUUUACAAUAAGGACAUUCUAAGAAUACCGACGGAGAAAACUGCAUUAUUAUUAUCUAAUGUAUUAUUUGAUCAAUUAAACAAUUCAAACAAUUUUAAAUCAAUAUCAGUGAAUCCAGACAUUUUGCUAUCGGAAUAUUUGAAUGAUGGGAUUGCUGCAUGUCAAGUUAUUUUGGAAGUUACACAACAAUUAAUUGAAGAGCGUGAAACCAUUAUUAACUAUGCUACUCGAGUCAUGCACGAUGAUUUUGACGUUCAGUUGUUAUUAAUGGAAAGAAGUAAUACUAUUCUGUCAGAGAAAUCAGAAGAUCAUUCUUACUAUAGUGGCGGUCAUAAAAGUUCAAAAGAUACUCCUUGGUACCUUGAAGGUGAUGAAGAAUUCGAUUUAUUAUUAGAUGUUAAGGGUAAUAUCAAAGGAGGUACUAAAGAAGCUUUAGUUGCUCAUUUGACUCAUCAUGAUAUGUUUGAUAGUACAUUUAAUGCUGUUUUCCUAUUAACUUUUGCUUCAAUGAUGUCAUUGGAUGAAUUGAUAUCUUCACUAAUAUCACGUUUCGAAAUUCAAGCUCCUGAAGGAUUAAGUUUUGAGGAAUAUAAUAUUUGGAUAUCGAAGAAGCAAAAUCCAAUUCGCUUAAGAGUGAUGAACAUAAUGAAAUUAUUAAUUGAAAAGCAAUGGUCAAGGUCUUAUUAUAAUGAAACAAUUUUGAAAAAAUGGCUAGCAUUUGCGGAAUCUUCACAAGUCUUCUCAUAUUCAAUUGGUAAAAUGUUGGCUAAUGAUCUUCGGAAAUUGUUAAAUGGAGAAAUCAUUUAUGUUGAACGAGAACCAAUAAUCUCUGAUACAAAACUACCGGCUCCAUUAAUUAAAGUAUCAACAUUACCAAGAAAACUAAAAUUAAUGGACAUAGACUAUGUCGAAUUAGCUCGACAAUUAACAUUAAGAGAAUUUCGAAUGUAUUGCAAAAUUACAAAAUUUGCUUGUUUAGCAAAAGUUUGGGGUAAAAAAUCUGGUUUAAAUGAAAAUAUUAGUUCAAUUACUGCAUUUAUUAAAGCUUCUAACCAAUUGACGAACUUUGUUGCAUAUAUGAUUUUAAGGAAAUCAGAUCCUAAAAAAAGAGUUCAAAUUAUAAGAUAUUUUAUUCUAGUUGCUGAAAAAAGUCGACAGUAUAAUAAUUUUUCAUCAAUGACAGCUAUAAUAUCUGCAUUAUAUUCAUCCCCAAUACAUAGAUUAAAGAAAACAUGGAAUUAUGUUAGUUCCGAAUCAAUAGCUCAUUUGAAGAAUAUGAAUAAGUUGAUGAAUUCUUCCAGAAAUUUUAAUGAAUAUAGAGAUGUCUUGAAAUUUAUAGGUUCAGAACCGUGUGUUCCAUUUUUUGGAGUUUAUUUAUCAGAUUUAACAUUUGUAUAUCAUGGAAAUCCAGAUUAUUUGAUAAAUAGAACUAAAUUAAUUAAUUUUGCCAAAAGAGCUAAAACUUCAGAGAUUGUUUCUGGAAUUGAUAGAUUCAAAACAAUUGGUUAUAAUUUUCAAGAAGUUAGUGAAAUUCAAAAGUAUUUAGAUUCAUGGUUUGAUAAAUGUCCAACAAUUGAAGAACAAUAUCAAAUAUCAUUAAAUUUAGAGCCAAGAGAUCAACAACAGAGUAUAUCAAAUCAUACUAAAACUUAUAAAUCACCAUCAAGUUUUUCAUUAAGAGGUUUAUAA